CCUGGUUCCGGAUGAAUGCAUUUUAGAAAAUGGCGUUUUCGACGGUGUUGCGAUCAAUCUGUGUUCGUCUACCAAGACAGCAGGCAUGCUACAAAUGGAACAUUCUGAGAGGAGGUUCCAGUGUUCAACGAAUGUCGUCCUCCUUGACAUCAUCAUUCAAGGUUGAUGAUCUUCGUAUUCAGUAUUCCAAUAAAAUCACUGAGACGAAGCCCGACUCGGAUACGCUCAUUUUCGGCCAUAACUUCACUGAUCACAUGCUGACAGUUGCCUGGUCACAAGAGGCGGGAUGGGAAGCGCCCUGUAUCCAGCCGUUCGGAAAUCUUCCUAUGCAUCCAGCUAGCUCUGUAUUGCACUAUGGAAUUGAGUUAUUUGAGGGUAUGAAGGCAUAUUGCGGAGAUGACAAUAAAAUACGGUUGUUUCGUCCAUGGGACAAUAUGACAAGGAUGAGGAAAAGUGCAGAAAAGAUAAGUCUUCCGGACUUUGAUGGAGAUGAGCUCGUGAAGUGCAUCUCUCAACUCAUUCGUGUCGAUAGAGAAUGGGUUCCAAAGGUCAAGCCCUGCUCAUUAUAUAUUCGUCCAACAUUUAUUAGUACAGAGCCAACACUCGGAGUGAACCCACCAGGCAAGGCCUUACUUUACGUUAUCCUCUGCCCAGUCGGUCCUUACUUCAGAACUGGAUCGUUUAACCCUGUCUCAUUAUAUGCUGAUCGUAAGAAUGUGAGAGCCUGGAAAGGGGGUAGUGGCGACUCCAAGAUUGGUGGCAACUACGGGCCAACUAUCAAACCCCAGAAGGAUGCUGAAAAGCUAGGCUGCCAACAGGUACUAUGGCUGUAUGGAGACCAAGACAACGUCACUGAAGUAGGCACCAUGAACAUGAUGAUGAUGUGGCAUAACAUGGAUGGAGAUCUUGAGUUAAUUACUCCACCACUGGAUGGCACUAUCCUACCAGGGGUAACCAGGAAGGCCUUGUUAGAAUUAGCUCAUGGAUGGGGAGAAUUCAAAGUGACAGAGAAGGGAUUUACAAUGGAGGAACUGCAAACCGGUCUGAAAGAUAAUAAGGUAUUAGAAGUUUUUGGUGCUGGAACAGCCUGUGUCGUAUGCCCUGUGGGAAGUAUACUUUACAAGGAUGAAGUGCUCAAGAUCCCAACAAUGGAUAAUGGCGCCCCAUAUGCAACUCGUUUCUACAACACUCUCUUAGAUAUCCAGUAUGGUAAUAUUCCAAGUGACUGGGUUUAUGACAUCGAUAGUGAAUAUGAUGCAUUAGCAGCCAAGAUUGCUAGCUAGAUGUCCCCUCUUUUAGGAUGGUACAUUCCAUUCCCAUUCAAGAUGCAUUGAAAAAAUUGUAACACAUACCAUAUUUCCAUACUGCAGUUGAACGCUGAUUUUGUUUUUUUUAUACUCAGGUAAAACUUAGUUUACAUUUAUUGUAAAGUAUUUAAUUUUUUUUAAACAAACAUUGUUGAGGUGUGUUAAUAUAUGCAGAUGAAGAAGUAGUCUAUAAAUUGCACCCUCUUUAGUCUGAUAUUGUUUAGAUCUACAUUAUUUAAAAUAGAGCGUGCGUUAUAACUACAUAAACAAACUUCUGUAUAAUACUGUACAAUGUACAUCAAUAUAUUACCCUCUUUUAUGUCAGGGAGUCGCAUAUCCUUUUGGCGACAGCAGGUUUCCUGUCUUUGCAUAUUACAGCCAGUGAUGCCAGAUGAGUAAAUAAAAAUGUAAAUGAAAAAAUAAAUAUAUUCAUUGUAUACUAUUAGUAAUAAGAGAUUAAAUGCUGUCCUAGCACAAGUUAUUUAUAAAUAGUCUCCCAAUGUUCUGUGUCUUCUAUCGUAUGUCUAUGAAGUUAUUGUUGGUUUGUCAAUUUCAACCUGCUACAGUAUGCAGAUGUGUUCACGUUAGGUAGUAGAAAGCACCCUCUAUGUUUCCUAUAGUGCCUGGUGCAUAUUCUAGUAGUGUUGUAUUAUUAUUCUAUUGCCUUAUAGCAUCCUACUGCCUUAUUAGAUAGAAUUCAAUUGGUUUAUAAAGGUAUAGUAUAAUGAUGUAUGAUAGACUUGUACAAUGAAUGUAUUGAUGAAUGAGUAUGAUUAAGGAAUGUAUAAUGCAUAGGCCUAUAUUUUGAAUGUACAUAUGAUGAACGUACAAAUGAUGAGCAUAUGAUAGUGGAGAACAAAUAAGUUAUGAAUGCAUAUGAAAUAUGUACUUAGUGAUCAUAUAUGAAUAAACAUAUAUGUGAAAACAUAUGAUGAUUCUAUAUGAAAAACUCAUAUAUGAAGAAUGUAUAUGAUGAACAUGUAUGAAAAACCUAUGUGUAAAAUGUUUAUUAUGAGCAUACUGUAUAUGCAAAGUGUAUCCGCAUGUAAUAUGAGACACUCUCUCCCAAAAGUGAUCUGCAUAUUAAAGAGCUUAUAUUCUAUGGUUGUUAAAAUGUAAAGAUGCUGAGCUGUGCAUCGCAUAAUUGGCUGCAAAUCAGCACAUAGGAACAUUAUAUGCAAGAUUUUGGGAUUUUUUUUUUUUUUAAUUCUUUUAAUGUGUUUACACAUCUAGUAUAUAGUAUUUUCUUGCCAUUUUGUGAAUAUAUAUCGCUACUUGCUGUCCCACUUCCAAUCAAAGACUUAGUGCCAAUGAAUAUUUCCCUUCCUCUCGCUUUUCCCUGUGGAAUGAACUACUCUGUUUUACUUCUUGUUAAAAGUUAGACUAUAAGAUUUUUUAAAAAGUAAUUUAAAAACAUAUUUUUGUAACAAAAGGGUAACUUGUUUAAGGGUAACAUUUAUCAUUAGAUUUGUGCCAUCAAACAUAUUUUAAUAUUAUUUAUCAGUAUUAAUAUUAUUUACUCACAAGAGGGUCCAACAUCAUUUAUUCUUUAAAACAGCCACGCAUUUAUUUUUAGACCAACAACAUCUGAUGCACAAAUUCAGGGAUCACAAUUUGGAGGAAGCCACUUCUGGGAAAUCUGGUUAAUUGAGAUUUGUAAAAGAUCUAAUUGUAUUUUACUGCACAUUGUAAUACCCAUCACCAGCUGUUUUCCAGGAAAAAAAAUCAGUAAUACAUGUAAUUAUCAUCAAUAUUAGUAAUACAUGUUAAAACAUGUAAUAUAAUGAAUUUGAGGGAGAUGGGUUGGUUUCCGGGAGAUUUUUGCUUUCUUGUGGGAGGCCAUCUCGAUUUUCGGGUGACUCGCGAAGACUUGUUAUAGAUGUAGUCAGGCUGUGCCUCCUACUCCUAUUUGAUUCAUUUAGUUUCUAAAAACUUUAUCUUGGCAACUGCUCAUUUAAAAAUUGUGCUCCCCGCUAAGCUCAAGAAAAAUAGUGCGAGAAAUAAAAUUGUUUAUUUAUAUUUGCAUAGCCUUAUAUUAACUGGUAGUCAGUUUAAGAAUUUUUGGGUAAAAUGUCUAUUACUCAGCUAAAAUUGAAUUGUUUUGAAGUUUGUUUCAUUGGCAGUUGAUGACUCAAUAUUUUAAUACAAUAUUUGAGGUGUUUUUUUAAUUUAGUUUUUCACAGACCAAUUUACUACACCUAUAGGUUGGUUUCAUAGCAAGAAUAAAUUAGGUAAUGAUCACAAAAAUAUUAUGCUGCCUGGAGUUUGCAAGCAGCUUUUUUUCAUGCCAUUUCCAAAUGCAAUUUCAAAGGAAUUUCAGAUUUGAACUUAAGCAAUUCCAGUGUAAAAAUGUCAUAUUUACAUUGAUACUUUUAAAUUUGUAAAUGUUAAACAUGUUAGAAAACAAGUCAUUAAGCAAUUUACAGAAAAAUGUAUUAUAAUCCAUAUUCUUUGGUAAGCUAAUUAUAAUAUCUACAGAUAAUUAAGUUUGCAAAAUACCACUACAUUAUAGUAUCUGUAUUUUUAUAUAAAUAACUAUCUAUUUUAUAGUUAUUCUCCAAUGUCAUAGCUAUUCUAGUUAGAUAAUUUUGUUUCAUUUAUUAUUUUAAUCUCCGGUUGUCAAAAGGUGGUAAAAAUUAUCUAUUAAUAAAGAACUACGAUCUGAUCGUACAGGGUAACUUAAGUGCUCAGAGUAUAUUUCACUACAUUACAACACCAUUUUUAGAUCCUACAGAGGUUGUUAGAACAAAUAAACACAUUUUUUUGCCGAGUAUUUCCAAGUCAUUUGUGUUGUGACGUCAGUUCAUUGCGUUCUGCACACCUUGAUAUCAGUGAUUGGUUUUCUUUAAUGUGGUGUGGAUUGUAUUUUGUGUAAUAUUGCUAGUUGUGUACAGACAUUGAAUAAAACGCAUAAAAAUAAGAAAA